AUGACGCUUAAUGCUAUUUGCAGCCAAAUUUCAACAACAAAACAGGCAAGUAAUGUUUCCAUAAACUCUUCAAAUGGCAAAUUUCUUCCGAAAAAAUUAUUUCCAGAACUUUUCGAGAAUGCUAUGGGUCUUUGUAAUAAAACUAAGGCACAUUUAAGUAUCAAACCAAACUGUCAACCUGUUUUCUCACCUAAACGCCCGGUAGCAUACGCAGUUCAACAUUUGGUUGAAGAAGAAAUUAAGCGACUUCAAGAUCUUGACAUUAUCGCACCUAUCAAUUAUUCUGACUGGGCCGCACGAAUCGUAGUCAUCAAAAAGCCAAAUGGUAGCAUUCGUAUUUGCGCUGAUUUCUCAACUGAACUUAACGACGCGAUUGAAUCUUACAAGUAUCCACUACCGCUUCCAGAGGAUAUUUUUGCAAAAAUUAGCAAUGCAACAGUAUUUAGUCAUAUAGACCUUUCGGACGCUUUUCUCCAAAUCGAAGUUGAUAGCAAAUCGCAAGAACUUCUCACAAUAAACACGCAUCUAGCAAUUUUCGAACAAAUUAUGGAUAAAAUGCUUGCGGGCUUACAUUACGCAGCUGCUUACAUUGACGAUAGCUUUGUCUCAGAUAGAUACCAACAGAAGUAUGACAACAACUUACAGGAAGUUCUACAACGUAGUUAUAAAUACGGGUUUAAACUUAAGAUCGCAACAUGCAAUUUUUCAGUUCCUGAAAUUGCUUACUUGGGAUAUAUUGUCAGUAAAGACGGCAUUCGCCCAGAUCCAUGA